AUGUCGUCGACCGCAUCAUCCUCGCAGACGCGGGGCAACUCGCCCAUGACAUCGGCGACGAGUUCCGACCAGGAGUUCGUUCUCCCUUCGCCGUCUGAGCUCAUCGACAAGGGCCCACUUGAGGACGACGAUAUGGCGAGAUUGACGCUGCGCUCGCUCGAUUGCAUGGCCACAUUCUAUCAUCAGCAGCUCCUGUGGUCGUAUGAGAUGCGACUGGAACUUGAGGGCGACUUACCAGAGGGCGCGGAGGGCGAUAACAUGGACGAUGAGCAGAGCGCUCGAGCCGACGCGCGGUGGAGCGACCGCGGCGAUGGAGGGCGGAGCCGGAUGCACGCGCUGCUGUCGCAGCAGAACAGGAGACGUCUCCAGCAGCGCAGGGCCUUCAAGAUGAAGCUCGAGUGCAUCAUAUCGCCUCAAAGCGCGGCGGAGGCGGCGCUGACGCGGCGUAAGCGCCGGCGGGAGUGUCAGCGCUCGCGCGAGUACGCCAACAUGCUACGCACGCUCGAGCUGCUGGCGGAGAUGCGGAUGGACAGCACCCAGCGGCUGCAGUACCUCGUGCGGCGCGUCAACAGCGUCGAGUCGCCCAUGAAGUACUCAUGAACGAUUCCCUGCUGUACGUGUGGCAACACUAUUGAAUCCAUCUGCGGUCGCUAAUCGGGUCGCGCAGAUGCAUCUAUUGCCAUCGGGGACCUUCGUAUGAACGAUAGUUCGAUAUACCCUCUGGCACGAGGCACGGCUCGCCCGGCCUCCAUCACCUGUACCAUCAUGUUCAGCAACACGACGUACUUAUCACGGUCUGCAUCCCUACUGGUCGGAGACAUUGGGACACACUGGCGACGUUGGAGAUUGACAUACUUUCAUCACAGUUCCGGCGGUAUAGCAUACACAUACACGACGAUCUGCUACCCGUACGGACAUGUUACGGCACGCGGGCGUUGACAUUCUGAAUAUUUGUAGAAUAGAUUCGAAGAUGUACUUGGCGACAAACUUGACGCUCUUGGGGACUCGCUGGUGUUGGUGAGGGUGUGGG